AACAAACAUUACCUAAGAUAACUGCUCAUUUCGACUAACCGGCAACGGUACCUGAAACUCUCAUGAUUCACUGUCUCAGAAACAAGCUUUUCAUUUGCAACCAUAAAGUCAACGAAUGUUGUCUCCUUCUGUGAUACGAUAGCUUGUUAUGUGACGUCGGCGCGCCGUACUCCAAUGCGCAGCAAUAGGCGCUAGUGUUUUGUGUCCUGUACUCCGGUUUAAUACAUCUCGCCGAAGAAUCAAGAUUCAAAUGGAGACGGUAGAUCUGGUAGUUAUUGGUACCGGCUGGCACGGGCUGGUAGCCGCAAAAACGUACCUGGAGGUUAACCCCUUGGCAGAUGUCGUUGUUCUCGAGGCGGAGUCAUCUAUAGGAGGUGUUUGGGCAAAACAUCGACUUUAUCACGGCCUCAAAUCCAAUAACUUGUUGGGAACUUACGAAUACAGCGAUUUUCCAAUGGAUCCAGCUACGUUUGGCGUAAAACCCGGAGAACAUAUUCCUGGCGAAGUUGUCCAAGCUUAUUUCGAGAAAUAUGUAGAACAUUUUGGGUUUGGAGAUAAAAUUCGCCUGAACUCUAAAGUAACGAGCUCAGAGCACCAGACAGAUGGAUCAUGGUUGCUUACCAUUGCCAAAUCGGAAGGUGGUUCCAGAUCACUUCUGACUCGCAAGCUCAUUGUAGCUACCGGUAUGACUUCACAGGCGUUCUUACCCGAGUUCCAAGGUCAAGAGUCUUUCCAAGCACCUUUGUUCCACUGCCGAGAUUUUCUCAAGUACGAAAAAGAGGUACUUCAGGACGGUAAACGUGCAACCAUUUUUGGAGGAACCAAGUCUGCUUGGGAUGCAGCUUAUGCCUGUGCUACAUCAGGUCUGCAAGUGGAUUGGGUCAUCCGAGAAUCAGGACAUGGACCGACAUGGAUGGCGCCACCCUUUGUUACCCCUCUGAAAAAGUGGCUGGAAAAACUGGUUACUACACGUUUUCUCACUUGGUUCAGUCCCUGCAUUUGGGGAGACGCGGAUGGGUACGAAGGUAUUCGCAAAUUCUAUCACGAGACUUGGGCCGGUCGAAAGGUUGUGGAUGCCUUCUGGGCCAUCUUAGCAGACGAUGUUAUACAGUUGAAUGGAUACGAUAAGGAUCCUGAAACUAAGAAGCUCAAGCCUUGGGUGGAUGCUUUCUGGAUUGCUUCAUCACUUAGUAUUCUCAACUAUCCCACCGACUUCUUUGAUUAUGUUCGAAAUGGUACCAUCAAGGUUCACAUCGCAGAUAUCACCCAUCUCUCCGCAAAUGCUGUGCAUUUGUCCACCGAGGAAAUUUUGCCAUCUGACUUCUUGAUAUGCUCAACUGGAUGGAAAAGUACACCUCCGUUAAAAUUCUUGCCCGAGGGCAUUGACGUUCAACUCGGUCUACCCUGGAGCACUGACCCACUGGACCAAGACCUUGUCAAGCGAGCAGAUGAAGAGAUUCUGAAGCGAUUCCCACGCCUUCGAGACCAACCUACGACAAAUCCGAAGUAUAAACCGCUCAGCGACAAUGCUGAGGCUGCAGCACCUCAUCCUUUCAGAUUGGCUCGGUUUAUGGUGCCACCUUCGUUGAUCAAAGAGAGAUCGAUCGCUUUCCUUGGUAUUGCAAUGACUAUUGACACAGCUAUUCUCGCACAAACUCAAGCUCUUUGGGCAACUGCUUACUUUAACGAUAAGCUAUCAAUUGUUCCAACCAUUAAGAACCCAGCUGGAAAGGAUACCGCGGCCGCGGAUGACUAUGUAUCCGAUCUGGAAUGGGAGACCGCUUUGCACACGGAAUUUGGCAAAUGGAGAUAUCCUGGUGGAUUUGGUAGACGAAAUCCUGACUUUGUGUUUGAUGCCAUACCGUAUGUUGACAUGCUUCUGCGGGAUUUGGGACUGAAGGUGCAUAGGAAAAAUGGUAUGAUCGCUGAGAUGUUCGACCCCUAUGGUCCGGAGGAUUACCGCGGACUCAUCGAUGAAUGGAAGUGUGUACAUGAAUAAGCAACUCCACCACAUCGCUAUUGUU